AUGACAGAAGUUACAAUGGCAGGAGAUCUCAUUGUCACGACAGUGGUUGUUAUACUAAUUACUACAGUAUUAUUAGUUAUAGUUAGCAACGUGUUUUCACGCCGUCGAUCACGAGACAUGAGUAGUGAUAGUGGAGGUGGUGCAGUACCGAUUAUUCCAGACACAUCAUCAUCAUCAUCUCCGUUGUCUCAGUCGUGGAAAUACGAUGUGUUUCUUAGUUUUAGAGGAGAAGAUACUCGCAAGACUUUUGUUGAUCAUCUCUACUUUGCUCUUGAAAAACAAGGAAUAUGUACGUACAAGGACGAUGUGACACUUGAUCGGGGUGAUACCAUCGGUCCAUCAUUGUUGAAAGCUAUAGAGUCAUCGCAGAUUUUGGUCAUCGUAUUUUCUGAAAACUAUGCGGAUUCUUCGUGGUGUUUGGAUGAGCUUACACAUAUUAUGAAGUGCAAGGGUAGUGAGAGAGGGCAACUUGUUAUGCCCAUAUUCUAUCAUGUGGAUCCCUCUGAUGUCAGAAAACAUAAAGGAACAUACGGAGAAGCUUUUUUGAAACACGAGUUAUCAAGAAAAAACAAGAACAAAGUUGAAACAUGGAAAAAAGCACUCCUUGAUGCAAGUAAUAUUGCUGGAUGGGAACCCAAGCAAGUUGCUAAUGGGCAUGAAGCAAAAUGUAUCCAAGAGAUUGUUGGUUCCAUUUCUAAUAAAUUAACACCCUUAAAUCCAGUCGUUGAAGAUGAAAACCAUGUUGGAAUGGGAAUUCGAUUGGAACAGUUAAAAUUACAGUUAAGUAUUGGGUCAGGUGGUGUGCUUAUGGUUGGGAUAUGGGGAGUUGGGGGUGGUGGGAAGACCACUCUUGCUACUUCUUUUUACAUGGAGUUUUCUCUCAAGUUUGAUGGUUGUUGCUUUCUUGGAAAUAUUCGGGAAGAAACCAGACAACAUGGUUUACUAAGUCUGCAAGAAAAAGUUUUAUCAGCUUUUGUUGACAAAAGACAGUUAAUGGGAGUGACAAGUGUAGAUAUAGGAAAACACAUGAUUAGGAGUUGGUUAUGUCGAAGGAAUGUGUUGAUUGUUCUUGAUGAUGUCGAUCACCUUGAGCAAAUAGAAGCAUUAGCUGGAUGCCAUAAUUGGUUUGGUAAUGGGAGCCGAAUAAUAAUUACAACUAGAGAUGAACAAGUGCUAAGAUCUCACAGGGUAUGUGUAGACAAGGUAUGUCCUAUUAGUUUAUUAUCUAAUGACGAGGCUAUGCAGCUAUUUAAAAAACAUGCAUAUCAUGAGAAUGAUGAUCAUUUAGAAGAUUUUGAGGAACUUUCUAUACGUGUGAUUUCUUAUGUUAAAGGGCUCCCGUUAGCACUUAAAAUCUUAGGGUCGUUUCUAUACGGGAAAGACAAGGAUGAGUGGAUUAGUACACUGGCUAGACUAAAAGAUCAUCCAGAAAUGGAUAUUGUGGAAAAGCUCAAAAUCAGCUAUGAUGGACUUAAAAAUGUGGAGAAGGAGUUAUUCUUGGAUAUUGCAUGUUUCUUCAGAGGGAAGAUGAAAGAUGAUGCAAUGGAGAUUCUUGAUGCUUGCGGUUUUUACCCUGCUAUAGGGGUAAAGGUAUUAAUACAAAAGGCUCUUAUAACUGUUUCAAAGGAUGGAAAGUUUGAUAUGCAUGACCUGAUUCAAGAAAUGGGACACUACAUCGUUAGAGGGAAACAUCCCAAUAAUCCUGAAAAACAUAGCAGACUUUGGCGAAAAGAAGACAUUGAAGAUAUUUGUUUUUAUUCCAGUAGUGUAACAACGCAAAAUGAUAAGAUUGAAGGCAUAAUGAUUCAUGAUCAUGUUGGUUCAUCAAGCUUCAUUACAUUUGUUUCAAACAUCAAGAAACUAAGAUUCAUCAGUGUGAAAGAACCAGUUUUCAUUAAAGCGUAUGGGAGUAGGUAUGGUAAUAGCUAUGGUGAUGAAGGACCUAGUUUUCUUUCAAAAGAGUUGAGGUAUAUAUACUGGGAUGGUUAUCCUGCAAGUCCACUCCCUGAAAGUUUUCAACCAACGAAGCUUGUUGCUCUAAAAAUGGGAAGAAGCUUCCAAAAAGAGCUUUGGAAAGGUUACAAGUAUCUACCAUGUUUGAAAGAGCUCCAACUUGUUGAUGCGAGUGAGCUGUUGAAGACUCCUGAUUUUGGUGGCCUCCCAUGUCUUCAGAAGUUGAUGCUCCAUAGUUGUAUAAGUUUAGAAGAGAUUCACCAAUCACUUGGAAAUCAUCCAAGUGUUGUUUCUGUCAAUGUUAGUUCUUGUCACAAGCUUACAAGGUUUCCGAGCAUUGUUCGGAUGUCAAAAUUAAAGACACUUGUAAUUUUACGGUGCUUGGCACUUGUUGAGUUUCCAAAGAUAGAAGCAAAGAUGGAUAAUUUGGUAGAGUUAUCUUUGGAAGAUGUUGGGAUAGAAGUCCUACCCUCAUCAGUUGGAAAAUAUUGUACCAACCUUAUUUCUCUAGUGUUGGAAUGUUCUCAUAAGUUACAGAGCAUAGAAGGAAACUUUCAAGCAUUAAAAUGUCUAGAGAAUCUUAUUAUUCAUACUACUCUUUUAGAGAGUAGUAAUAAAAAACAUAUCUUAUAUCACUUGCCACGUUUCUUAAGAAAAUUGAAUCUCAGUCGCUGCAAAUUGGAAGAUGGGGAUAUAUCAUCUGAGAUUGGUGAGUUAUCCGAAUUACAAGAGCUAGAUCUAAGCUACAAUUGUUUUACACGAUUAGAGUUCAGCCUCUUGCAACUUACUCGCCUCAAACUUCUCCAACUGAAUGGUUGCUGGAAUCUUGUUGAAUUGCCUGAGCUUCCUUCAAGUCUAGCUAUUCUAUUGGCUGAAGCAUGCGACUCACUUGAAGCCGUCAUCAGAGAUGAAAUUCACAGAAAUUGUAAAUGGUUAUGUAAAGUAUUAAUAUGGGGAUGGAGAAAGAAGAGAAAUAUAAUCGGUGGGGAGAGAUUAGUAGAAACCAUGCUUCAGGGAAAUGCUAUUGAAAGUAAGUGUAUGAUCCUUGGAGUAGAUGGGUUAGAGAUUCCGAGAGGGUUUGAACCUCGUGUGGUUAUAGGGAAGAGAUGUAGAAUUCAACUUCCUGAGAAUUGGUGUAAUGACUUUUCUGGUUUCUUAUUCUGCGCAGCUUCUGAUGAUUAUAUUGGUCCAACUAUAAGUAUGAAGCAUGGGGAGAAGUCAGUGGGUGGUGGUUCUGUGAUGGAAACAGGGGAUUCUCAAGAUGAUUAUGCGUAUUGGGAGGAGGAUCCUACUGUUGGUGGUGAGUGGUACACAUGGGUGGCAUAUAUUCCGUUUAGUUUAUUAAGACACACUUCAUGGUGGAACCCGACAUCCACUGCCAUUCAGAUGGAGAUUACAGAUGACUCUAUUAUCGCUAAACGACGUAAACAUAUCGGUGGGUGUGGACUUAAAUUGGUUCCCAAAAGAUCUGCUGCUGAAAGUAGUAAUGAUCAACAGGAAACAACACGUACCCAUUCGUCAUCCUCCUCCUCCCCCGCUGACGAUGAUGAUUAUAAUCAAUGUGAACUACACAUUCUACAUGAUUCCAUGUCUGCUUUCAAGUGCAAUAUUAGUAAGAAGUUGCUCACUUAA